UCGACCAGGAAUACAUUCAUGUUCCCUGAGCUCCAGGAAAAAACAACCCAAGCAUCCCAAUUUAAAAAAAGGUUUUACUAAAAAAAAUAUUAUUUUCGAACUAUUUUACACAAGAGGAGUCCUCACAGACCAAUAAUAAGAAAACAAUUAUACAAAAACUAUACGAUAUAGCCCAAUCUUACUGUUAUGAGUCGAGAAUGAGUACCACAGAAGACAACGGAAGCAAGUGCUCUUCGGCCCCGAUUUCCACCUUCACUAUUCAGUCGAUAUUGGGCAAGUCGUCGGAGAAGCCACGGUCCGGGGCGAAGGAGAGUUCCAAGGGACUGCAGCUGGCGAGGACGCGCUUGCUCUCGGUUUCUUCGGAAGAUGAGUGCAGCGGUGGGGAGGACUCUGCAGACUGUUUCUGCUCGGAUCCUGGUCACAGAGAACCAUGCAACCAACAUCAACCACUUAAUUUUUCUUGUUUAGGUGCAACCAAGGGACUUAUUUCAGGCCAAGACGGGAUUGCACGGCGACCGCACUUGACACAGCCUCUGCUGCAGGAUUACAAAGAAGAACAAGAGAGACCAUGCAAUCCAAUGUCACCUAUUUCCGAGGAGAGACAGACAGACGGUGUGGACAAGCAGACUAACUCGUCCAAGAAGAAGACUCGUACCGUCUUCUCGCGGAGUCAGGUGUACCAGCUCGAGUCCACAUUUGAUAUGAAGAGGUAUUUGAGCAGCUCCGAGCGAGCCUGCUUGGCAUCAAGUCUACAGCUAACAGAAACUCAAGUGAAGACGUGGUUUCAGAACCGCAGAAACAAAUGGAAACGACAACUGUCGGCGGAACUGGAGGCUGCGAACAUGGCACACGCAUCCGCACAGACACUGGUCGGAAUGCCGCUUGUUUUUAGAGAUAACUCCCUGCUCCGGGUACCAGUUCCAAGAUCUAUUGCUUUUCCAACGCCACUAUACUAUCCCGGCAGCAGCCUACAAGGGUUACCACUGUACAAUCUGUAUAACAAGAUUGAAUAUUGACUCAAUGCCUGUGAUGACAGUCCAAAAUAAUAACACGUUAACACGCGACAGUACUUUCUUAUAAAUGUCUGCCAAACUCAUGUCUAUGAUAUAACUUUAUUUGUUGAAAAAAUAUGUCUUAUUAUGCAGCAACUGUAUGUUUUAACAAGAAAGCAACACGCUUCUCUAAAUGUAUAAAAUACACCAUGUGUAUAAUAAUUAUUUUCAACCUCGAUUUUGCGUUCUUCUCCCUGGUUUAACGCGUUAUACAUUGCGAGAAUUUAGACACUGGAAUACAGAUGUUAUCAAGUGGACUGUUUCCCAAACGAAUUAUGAAUGCAUUCAAACACAGUUUUAAAUGUAAUGUGAAUGUGAAUAUGAAAUAUUGAGGUCCAACCACCUUAAUCUGUUAAAAAAUACUGGAAGAAAUGGGGUUUAUACAUUUGGGGAUAUGGAAGUGCAAACUCGUUGCUUCGAUUUUGGGGAAAUGUUAUUGUAAUCAUAGGCCCACCAAAUAAACUGCUAAUUCAAUACAUUUUCUAUAUCAGUGAAACAUGGGUUGGGAUUUAUUGUACAUUGCCAGUUUUUAAUAUUUAUUUCGACAUCUCAAUUGUGGCAUUCAAUCCAGUUUUUGAAAAACAGGAAAGGGAAAAAGGAAUUUCAUAUGUACAAUAUAAGAUAGCUUACUUAUU